GCUCCUCCUCCUAACCUAAUUCUUUGUUUAUGUCAUCUCUUGCAUAAUAAGCAACUUUCUAAUUAAAAUAAACAUUUCGUCAUAACGAAAUCUACAUGUACUCCGUUCUUUUAAAGCGGCCGGCAUACGCGCUGCCGCGCUUUUACAAAUUGACCCGAAACGAGCGAAGGUUUAGCUUAAAUUCGAUCACGGACGCUCUCCGAGUACAGUCAGGUAUAUUUCGAAUAAUUUCCGAAAGCGCGCCCGUAGAAUGCCUCCAAAAGUUCGUGAUCAACGUCCACGACGUCACGGGUUUACCGUGGUGGGCGACCAUCGUCUGCACCACGUUCUUUCUCCGUUCAACCGUAACCGUACCUCUAGCGCUGUACCAAAACUUCGUCAUGGCCAAGGUGCAAAACGCGCAAGCGGAACUUAUCGAGCUAUCGAAGGAGUUGAAGAGGGAAGUCGCCGUCGCCGUCAAACUGUACGACUGGGACCAAAAGACGGCGGCGUACAAUUUUAAACGAUCUUUGAAAAAGCAAUGGAAAGCGUUAAUCGAACGCGACAAUUGUCAUCCGGCGAAGGCGAGCCUUUUAAUUUGGUUCCAGUUGCCGUUGUGGGUUUGCUUUUCGGUCGCACUCCGAAACCUGGCAUACCAGUUGCCCCAUUCGCACGUGAACGCCGAGCUCGUUCAUCACGAUCUUUCCGUCGAAGGGUUCGGUUGGAUCGUGAACCUAACACAGGUCGAUCCGUAUUUCGUGCUUCCGCUGAGUUUCGGGCUGAUCAAUCUGACAAUUAUCGAGAUACAGGCAGCGUCGAGGAGGGGGUCUCCGUCCAAGUUUCAGAGGUUCGUUUUGAAUUUUUUUAGAGGUGUUACGAUCGUUAUGGUUCCGGUAGCGGCGGGGGUGCCCUCUUGUAUUACAUUGUAUUGGACCACGUCUAGUUUGUACGGGUUCGUUCAAAACUUGGUGUUAAUGUCGCCGAAAUUGAAACGAUGGUGUAGGAUACCGAAAACGCCCAACGACAUAGAUAAGCCAUAUAGUCAUGUUAUUAAAGGGAUUAAGAAUAAAUUUGUUGUUUCGAAAAUAAGUUAACUGUAAGGUGUGAUUAAAUUAUCAUUAUUGUUUA